AUGGAGAGGCAGCCAGCUCAAGAUGAUCUGCCGGCGCUGCGCAGCUUUGCGUUGUGCCCUGCUGGCACGUCACUUCAAUCGGCAGCUGUCCUGAUGAGACAGUGGCAGCUGGUGUUGGGAGAGGGGAAAGAGGGAAGAGGAUGCUUGCAGGAAGCUUCUGGGCCUGGUAGGAUUAGCGGGAAUGGCGGCAGCAGCAACCCGGUCGCUACUCCUGUCAGGGGCGCUGAAGGGAGUCGCAACUGGGGGCGAGUGACUUCACACCGGGAUCAUCUGGUGCCACAAAUUUUGACAUUCCAGGGACAGAAGGCCUUUGGCGUCAGUCGCGGCCGCGGCAUUCCAUCGGUGAGGCAGGGGAGGCAGCCGGCUAUCGGACACAUCAGCUGCGGAUUUGACGCCCCGAGGACGGAUGAGGCAGAAGGGAAGCACCGGAAGGAAGUCGAGGAGGAGGACUACGCUGCGGUGCUGCUCAAGAUGGGCGCCGUGGAGGACCCUUUGAAGUGGCAUUUUGGUACCCCAAAGCUUUGA